GUAAUGAUGAAUGUUAAUAGUUUCUCUCUCCCCCAGUUGGCAGGAUGAUGUGUUGGUCAACGACGCUGUUAUUGCUGCUGCUGUGUCUGCUGCCUUCCCUCGUUCAUCACGUUCACGCCUACCACGGGCGGCACAGACGUCACCGCCACCACGACCGCCGCUUCUUUGACACCCACGAGAGCCGCAGCCACGCCUACCGAAACGCCCACCACUCCCACGCCCACAGCCUCGUCGCCCACAGCCACGUCAUCGACAACUCUCUCAAUGGGAACAGGGUGACGGAGGAGCCGCAGAAGGCAGGACACGGGUUCGGUGCCACGGGAUCACGGUGGGCACUAACGUACCAGGGAGCGGCUCACGAACCAUCUGCCAUCAACAACACGGUGUUAAACGUGACGGCGCAGCUGGGAGGAGCUGCCUUCCUGCCGUGCAGAGUGGGUCACCUGGGAGACAGACAGAUCUCUUGGAUUAGACGGCGCGACUGGCACGUUUUGACAUCCGCUGACGUGCUGUACACACACGACCGCCGCUUCUCCGUGUUGCACGUGGCUGGUACGCAAGACUGGACGCUGCACAUCAAGUACGUGGACGUCAAGGACAACGGCACGUACGAGUGCCAGGUUUCCACCGGCACUGGCAUUAUUUCUCUGUUCGUCAACCUUGAGGUGGUGACCCCGGAGGCGCACAUUGCAGGGAGGGGACAGUACCACGUCAAUCGUGGCUCACCCAUCACACUCACCUGCAUUAUUGACAAGGGACCAACGCCGCCGCAGUACGUAUUGUGGUACCACAACGACCAGCUGCUCAACUACGUGCGCGACCGACCCGAGGUGUCGAUCAGCAUGGAGAUGAGAGGCAAGGGUGUCGCUACUCCUGUCAGCCGCCUUCACGUGAACGCCGCCAGCGACCAACACUCCGGCAACUACACCUGCACUGCCCCCAAUACCCGCCCAGCCUCCACCAUGGUCUUCGUCACUGAAGGUGACAAGACAGCGGCGGUACAACGGAUAGACUCUGGCAGCGUGAGCAUCCACCAGGCCACGCUGGCGCUCUGGUCGGCAGCGCUCACCUACGUGGUCGCCGUCAGAUGAACCUCCGGGAGCCCUCACUGCUUUCCCCACCUCUUGUUAACCCACUUCUUUCUCCUCUUGCCCCUCCCCUUCCUCGUCCUCCCAUCUUCCCAAGUCCCUUUUUCGCUCUUCGGCCGCUGCAAGGACUAGAGUGGGUUAAAAGAACCACUUGUGAAUUCAGCUUCCCUUCAAACUGAACUGUUUCAGUUAGUUUUGUAUAGAUGGCCUAAU